UAAAAAUUCUUAAAUUAAGAUGCUUUUUCUUGAUGAGCAAAAAAAAUCUUAAAGAUUUUACUAAAACACUAAAUUCAAGAAAAAUUUGCUUACCCCAUUGGUGGUCACUUAAAUGUGAUAUUUUUGGUCUAAAAACUAGACUUAUUUUCUUGGGUCGCAUCUUGAUUUUAGUAUUUUUAGAUAUUUUUACUGACAACAAAACAAAAAUACUAAGACAUUUUUUUCUUGAAAAUCAUUUUUUGCAGUGUAAGAACCUUUCCCACUUCUUUUUUCCAUUAGAGUAAUGUGAAAUAAUCAAUCUUAUUUUCAAUACUGUGAUGCAAAAAUAAAUAAGGCUUAAUUUUUACUCCACCCAUAUACUGUGUGUGUUACUUUGUAUUUCAGUCAUAAAACUGUCCACAACUGUGUAUUAUUAUGCAGAUGCAUACGUGUGACAGCAAGUGCACGUUACAUAAUAGCAUGUCAGUACCCUGACCUCUCAUAAGGAUGGUAUUUUUGUGAUCUUUCCGUACGCACGUCGAACGAAGGACGCCAAUGCUGAUGUUUACAUCUGGCGUGUUGCCAUGGCGAUCACAAAACCUCUCAUCCUCCGCUGCUCAUAAAAAGUUUGUCAGCAAAAUUUCGUAUGUCAUAAAACGGAACCAAUCAGCCACGAGCCCACUGCUGGGGAUCUUUCUCUACCCUCCCACCCGCCCCAGGCGUGCCCAUUCACAAUUCCCCUCUUUUUCCAUCCAUCUCCGCUGUUCUCCUCUAAUAGCCGCUAUAGAGAGAGUGAUGGUAAGAGAGAGACUGUGAGUGAGAUUCAGGCCUUGCCCACGCAAAGAAGUGGGAGACUGAACCUCUCUCUCUCUCUCGCUCUCUCUCUCUCUCUUUCUCUCUCUCUCUCUCUCUCUCUCUCUCUUACACACACACAUACACAUACAGUCAGUGUAUCAUGCUUGCACUGUGUGGGCUGAGCUGAGCAUUCCUAUCAUAGAGUUAGAGUCUCACUGCCUCCGCUCUCUCUAUCCCUCUCUCUCCUCCUCUAUUUCUCUCUUUCCCUUUCCCUCUAUCUCUCCUCUUUUCUCCCUCUCUUCUUUUUCUUACACAUAUACAUUUAAAUACACACAGUUAAUCACUUUCUUAAACCAGAGACGGAUUGUCAGAGAGGAAGUGGAGAUGGUGUGGAAUGUGUGCCCUGGUUUUAUUGGGCAAAGUUUCCUGGUGAACCAUUUUUCUGGUUGCCAUAGUGAUGGAGCUAGGACUUGGAGAGGUGCAGUGGUACUGGGAAGCAGUGACAGCUCUUAGCAUGUGAAUUCUCACACUGAGAUAUGGAGAUGCACUGAGACAGCGAUGAGGGUUGUGAGGCUGGCGUGUUGAGCAGAACGCACACACACUCACACAGACACACACUCCCAGAGCAUGCCUAUCAGUCCACCUGCCGAAGGCAAACAUGAGGGUCUUGACCGGCUACGGCAACAGCACGCCCCUACCAACGGUAACCACGGAGAUGACAGCAUUCGGGCCUCUCCUGGGACUAAAUCUACCUCCGAACCUAUGGAGGAUCUCCACGGAAACGCAGUUGUCAUCCGCAUCGGAAUCCCUGAUCUGCAACAAACGAAAUGCCUGCGAUUGGACCUUGAAGCUCCAGUAUGGGUUUGUAAACAGCAAGUUCUGGUCACUUUGACACAAAGUCUGACUGAUGUGCUUAACUAUGGCCUCUACCUCCCUGCCUUUAAUGGGCGUGCCGGAAAGUUCCUCGAUGAGGAGAGAUUGCUCAGGGAGUACCCUCUCCCUACGGUCACACCUGUACCAUACUUAGAGUUCCGUUAUAAGAGGCGUGUUUACACUCAGAGCCAUGUAGAUGACAAGCAACUGGCUAAAUUACACACUAAGGCCAAUUUAAAGAAGUUUAUGGAGUAUGUUCAACAGAGGAGUGUGGAGAAAGUCUGCAGAUUUCUUGAGAAAGGGCUGGACCCCAACUUUCAUGAUAGUGAGAGUGGAGAAUCGCCUCUGACUCUCGUGGCCCAGCUGGACUCGUGUGCUGAUCUGAUCAAGGUGUUGAGGAGCGGUGGAGCCCACCUGGACUUCAGAACCAGAGAUGGCCUGACUGCACUUCACAAAGCGGCCCAAACACACAACCAUGUAGCAUUGACUACAUUGUUGGAUCUGGGGGCAUCUCCGGACUAUAAAGACAGUCGUGGGCUUACCCCCCUUUAUCACAGCGCGAUGGUCGGGGGAGAUCCGUACUGCUGUGAGCUGCUGCUGUACGAUCACGCCCAGCUGGGCUACAGCGACGAGAAUGGCUGGCAGGAGAUCCAUCAGGCAUGUCGUCAUGGAAACGUGCAGCACCUUGAGCACCUGUUAUUUUAUGGAGCGGAGAUGAGUGCUCAGAAUGCCUCAGGAAACACAGCACUACACCUGUGUGCCCUCUACAAUCAGGAAGGCUGUGCUAGAGUUCUCCUAUUUCGAGGAGCAAAUAAAGAAAUUAAGAACUACAACAACCAAACAGCAUUUCAGGUUGCCAUCAUCGCAGGGAACUUUGAUCUGGCAGAAAUCAUCAAGAUUCAUAAAACCUCAGAUGUUGUGCCUUUCAGGGAGACCCCCUCAUACUCGUCUCGACGUCGUACGGUCUGCGUGUCCCCACGCCGCUCUUUGAUGCGAUCGGCUAGCGAUAACGCUCUGGAUGAGAGUCUGCCCGCCCCGUCUCCAGCCCCCUCUCUUCGCAGUCUCCCCCCUCUGGAGCCCGAUGACAACGUCCCCACCCAGCGCAGCCCCCAAGCUGCUCAUACACACACCCGGAGCCUCAGGAGACACGCUCGCGGACACCUCAGCCCUGGAAGUCCCGUCCAAAGAGAGCCGAGUCCUCCUGCUGUUUCUCGGGGGCCAAAGCGACGGCUCUACAGUGCGGUGCCCGGCCGUACCUUCAUUGCCGUCAGCUCCCACUCCCCACAGGGCGAGGGUGAGAUCACAUUGAACCGUGGAGAGAGGGUCAAAGUGUUAAGCAUAGGUGAGGGAGGAUUCUGGGAAGGAUCGGUUAAAGGACGAACUGGCUGGUUUCCUGCGCACUGUGUAGAGGAGGUCCAGAUGAGACAGUAUGACCCUCGACUUGAGACGAGGGAGGAUCGCACCAAGAGACUUUUCAGGCACUAUACUGUUGGCUCCUAUGACAACUAUACCUCCUACAGCGAUUAUGUUAUUGAAGAAAAAAGUGCAACGUUGCAGAAAAGAGACAGUGAAGGAUUUGGCUUUGUGCUUCGGGGAGCUAAAGCCGAGACGCCUAUUGAAGAGUUCACACCUACACCUGCGUUUCCUGCACUGCAAUAUCUGGAAUCAGUGGACCUCGAGGGAGUGGCAUGGAGGGCAGGAUUGAGGACAGGGGAUUUUCUUAUAGAGGUGAAUGGGGUGAGUGUUGUAAAAGUGGGACACAGGCAGGUGGUGUCUCUUAUUCGGCAGGGUGGGAGUCGGCUCAUAAUGAAGGUGGUGUCUGUCACGCGCAAACCUGAAACAGGAGAUGUGAUCCGCAAAAAAGCCCCCCCACCUCCCAAGAGAGACCCGAGCACCAGCCUGACCCUACGCUCCAAAAGCAUGACCGCAGAACUGGAGGAACUGGCGUCGAGGAGAAGGAGGGGAGAGAAGCUGGAUGAGAUGUUAAGUUCGCCUAAAGAACCUGUUGUAGUGAUGAGGCCUCGCCCCCCGGAUUCAGAUUCCAGAGCAGCCACUGUGAAACAGAGACCAACGAGUCGUCGCAUCACACAGGCUGAGAUCAGUUCCUUGUUAGAGAGACAGGGUUUGCCAUUAAAUGCAGGAGUGUCCUGGGGUGUGGACAAAAGUCACAUACAGCUGCCUCGUGGGAUGUCCAGAACCAAGUCAUUUGGUGCCCCUGAAGACGAAAGAAUUUCUGCCUUGAUUGGAGAGCAUCGCUUCCCUAGAAGUUCCUCAAUGACUGACAGCUUUAGACAAGACAGUAUUCCACCCCCUCCGCAAACAGCUCCUCCACCACCUCCAACUCCCUACUUUCUUGAUUCAGGGCCACCUCCUUCCUUUCUUCCACCUCCGCCUCCCUCUCGUGCUGCUAACCAGAACAGAUCUAGCUUCCGCCCGGGGGCGGAGCCUAAGCUUCAUGGCCCAGUCACAACUGAUCGUCAACGUAAAACCCGAUCCAUGAUUAUUCUCCAGGACACCACCCACCUGCCAGUGGAGCCUGCCCCUAUAGUAAGGCCACAAACGCCUACCUCUGGAGCUGUUCCUCCUGAACGUGGCCGUAGGCGUGGGCCACCGGUGGAGAAUCCAUAUGCUAAUGUAGGUCGUCUAAGUGCUGUCUAUACUCCAACCAAGCCUCAACGUAGAAAGAGCCCACUAGUCAAGCAAGGACCGGUUGAGGAAGGAGCAGGUAAUCAGACUAGUAGAGACCCUUCUCCUUUGGGAGGGUCAAGGAUUCCACACAGCACUAGAGCAGAGCAGUUCCAACAGCAGGUUCUCUCGGAACGAGCCAGGAUCACACCCCCUGGGGCUCGACGCAGACCCAGCGUUUUUCUGUCCGUAGAAGGUGCUGGAACAGAACCACAGACAACUCCAUUACUUUCUCAGUCCCAUUCAGUGGAUGAAUUGGCUGAGUUGCCUCCACCUGCACCUAUGCUUUCUCCUGGCCCACCACCAGGUGGCACCACUUUUAUACAUCCUCUAACAGGUCGACCGUUGGAUCCCUCCUCUCCAUUAGCACUUGCACUGGCUGCACGGGAACGGGCUCUUAGUGGUCGGAAUACACCAACUCCUACACCUUCACCCACACCUUCUCCUACUCAAGGCCGAGCAGUGGAGAGGCCAGAAACAGAGGGUGGAGCAACACCCCCUGCUCCUCUUGAGGUUCCUCCUUCAAAUUCAUGGAGAGAGGAACCUGUCAGUAUCACAGAUACAGCUAGCCAGAUGACAAGCGGUAGCCCUGGAUCUGGACGAAGCUUGGAAGAGGCAUCAGUGCCAUCGAAUGUGCAAGGUGUCCAGCCUACACUAAUGGAUACAGAGCAUAGCCAACCAGCAGUCCCACCCACAUUGCCCUCCCCUGCUCCGACCCUCUCAAAUCUAACUGCACGAAGUCUGACUAUGAGCUCGGAGGAGGAUGCAGAGCCCUACACAGUGACUCUGCCCCCUGCCCUGCUCUCCUCAAGCGAUGAGGAAACAAGAGAGGAGCUUCGAAAGAUAGGCCUUGUGCCACCCCCUCAACCCUUUGCGAAUGGCCUUCUAAGCAAAGAAACACCCAAAUCCACUUUAAGCAUAUCACCUAGUGGAUCACGACCAUCUAUAGCCAAGACUUCCUCUGGUAAAGCAAGUGAUUCAGCAGCGGACUCUGGGGUAGAAGACCCUCAUAUGGAGACCACAAGUACUGUUUCUACAGUCUCCAGCAUGUCCACUUUGUCUUCAGAGAGCACAGAUUCCGCACAUGCAAGCAAACCACGUUGCGGGGUGGGUCGUGGUCGCCCCGCUCAUCUCAGGGACCCACUGCUUAAACAGUCAUCAGACAGUGAGCUGCUUCCACACCCACCCAGUACAGGCCCUACUCGUCCACGCUACCUAUUCCAAAGACGCUCCAAACUCUGGGGGGAGGAGCCCCGGACCCAAGUGGGUGGGGCUGAUGAAAGUCGGCCUGCUGCUAUGGGGGCAGAGUUAUUAAGCAAGGACAGUCAUUCACUGGGGGAGGAGCCACCACUGGGAGCGCCACUUGAUCCUGGCAGAAGGUCACCUGUGGGAGGGGCUAGAUGUGAGGAGAAUGGAGGAGAAAGUAAAUCACUCUUUAGUAGUUUAGGGGAGCUUCACACCAUUUCCCAGAGGAGUUACGGCACCACCUUUACGAUCCGGCCUGGGAGCCGAUACCCUGUGACCCGUAGGACUCCAAGCCCCGGAGCCACCCCUGAACGGAGUGAACCGCUGGGCCCCGUUCGUACUUUUGGACCUCAUCACCACCAUCACACUAUCCUCAAGUCCUCUAGCCUGAGCCUGCCCCAGGAGCCCAAGGAGGUGCGUUUCGUCAUGAGGAGCGCUAGUGCACGAGCACGCAGCCGGUCUCCAUCACCUUCCCCGUGCGCUUCCCCUUGCCCCUCACCAGUACUUGGGGCCCCUCUUCUGGCCCUGCGACCAUUUAGACAGCGCCCCCUAGCUCUGUGGAGUAAGUAUGAUGUAGGAGAAUGGCUAGAGAGUGUAGGACUAGGGGAACACCGUGCACGGUUUUUGGAACAUGAGAUUGAAGGUGCACACUUGCCCGCCCUCACCAAGGACGAUUUGGCUGAGUUAGGAGUGACUCGUGUGGGACACAGAAUGAACAUUGAACGUGCACUAAAGCAGCUGCUAGAGAGUUGAGGAGAGCGAAAAUACAGGAAAUAGUUCAACACCCUAUCACUAAAUAAUUUAAAUUGUUUUAUAACAAAAUUAAAAACAUUUAUUUGUCAAUUUAAUCAUACAUUCACACACACCUAGGUGAAAAGCGCACUAAACGCACUAAACUCCGCCCCCACUCUUAUAGGAAAUAGCCCUCACAGGCUCACACAAUACUCAUGCACCCUUGAUAUUACAUUCACAAAUUUGAUCUUCACAUUCAUCACUUGUUUUUUUACUUUUUCAACUACUAAGAGAAAAAUGUACAUGCUGGAAAAGAGCACGGACCCAUUGCACAAUAUGAUAUUACUAUAAGAAUCUAAAGAAUAACAUUACCUGGCCAUGUUUUUUAAAUGGGGUUUCUGCACAAUAACAAACUAAAUAACCAGCAAGCAGCCAUUUCUUUUACAGUAUGUGCCAUGUUUUACAAAUCAAACUACAAUAAUGAAGGUGUGGGACAACAUUACAGCCGAUAUUGCACUGUCAAAGGAAGUAUAAGGAUAUCUGCAAUGUCUGGAUUUGCAUGGAUUAUACGUGUUUCCAAGAUAGACGUCUGCAAUCUAGAAAUCAGAAUUCACUUGGGAGCAAAAGGAUUAAGAAUGGAAAGCUCUUCUGUAAAGGAUGCCAAUGCUUCCAAGUGCCCAGAAUAUACAGUAUUUUCAUUAACCAUCUUGCAACUGAAAAUUAGAAAGCCAUGCUAAUGGUAUUAAGAUGUAUUGCGUGACUGGACUUGUCCAAGUAAGAAAGGAUCUGACAAUCUGCCCUAAACCAGGAGAAAAAAACUUCUCCCAAUACAAUACAAGUGUGGCCUUGAGGUAAUACUGCCGCCAUCUAAAAUUUGUUAAAGAUAGAUAUUUUCACUCACUACAUUCGAUUUUAUAUGUAUAUGAUAUAUAUAUGGAAUUAUUUAUUCAAAAAGGAAAUGAGAAUAAUGUGAGAUUUGUCUUAUGCCCUGUGAGUUUUUCAUAUCUCUUUAUUUUUAUCAUGAUACCCUAACAUUAACACAGUUAUUCUUUUUUUGCACAUAGUACAACUUGUGAUUUGUGAGUUAUAAACACACAUCUUUGGACUAGUUCCCUUUUUUAUUUUAAUUUCAGACAGACCUUUGACUUUUGUCUGUUAUGAAAAAAUGCUCAGUAAGACUAUAUGUAGAAUGUAGUUUUGUUUAAAAUUAAGAUUUAAAAUAUUAUGUAUACAUUUAUUUGUUACUUUUUGUAUUUGAUAAAUGAGCAGUCAGUCAUUUCAUGCCGAUCAAAUUGUGAAUUUACCAAGACAAUGUUUCUUUGCCAUGAUCUAUUUGGUUCUGUAUUGUGCAUUUACUCAUUUGAAAUUUAAUGCUUCUCAAAGCUUUUAGUUUAGAAGAAUAUGAGCAGAAUAUAUGCUACCUAAGGGCUUUUUAUCAAAGUUUAUAAGUAUUCACAAUUGUGUCUAAAAAUCUCUUAGUGCAGACUGCUAAGGUGGCAAAAUUGCCUAAUCCCCAGUUUUUUUUGACAUAUUGCAGUUACUGCUUUUGGGCCCUUAACCCCCAUCUGGGGAAGCACAUGUAAUUAUUUUCCCAAAAUCCUUAUAGUAGAACCAAAUUGCUUUGCCAAAGCAUCUGAACUGUGAAUAUAUACAUUUAUUUUUCAAUUCUCUCUCCUGAUAAUCAAACGUUAGGUUAUAUUGUGCAUCAUUACACAAUGAUCAGGUAACUAGCUUGACUUGUAUGUUUCACUCUGUAAGCUGGAAAAGUCGGAGUUCGUGUGGUUUACGCAUUUAUAGCCAACAGUCAAAUUCUGCCAUCAGAGGAAAAAUCCUCAAAUGCGUGUCUCCUCCAGUCGGUAAAUUUGCACAAAGAUGUGGGUGCUACUGUUUAUAAGCCAUCUGCAUAAACAUUUCCCUUAUCUGAAUCCAAACAUCUUCAGUUCAACCUUUUCUCAUUCACACUCACACCCUAGUAGUACAUCAUGAAAUAUUGGUGUAAGAGGCUUUUAGA